AUGCAGUGCUGCGGACGCCUCACGCCUGACAAAAUCCAAGCUAUCCAUGAGAUCAUGAUGCGCGGGGAAAAACACAGGGGCGGCAAACCCGUGCUGACAGGGAAAUACAGGACGACUAAGGUAUUCGCUGGUUUUCACGAAUUUGCCCCUGUUUCUGCAAUCCCAAGGUUAGUGACAGACGCCCUGGAUCAAUACUACUCUACAGAGACUGACGAUCCGAUAUGGAACGCGGUGAGGUUGUUUAUAGACUUGAUUAAUAUCCAUCCAUUCGAAGAUGGGAACGGGAGGUUGUGUAGGCUCGUUAUCUCACACGUACUUGUGGAGAGUGGAAUGAGUCUCUUUCCAGUUUUGCUUAGUUCGUUCCACAAACGCGGCAGGCGCCAUUACAUUCAGGCUGUUAAAAGGUUUGAAAAGAGACCAUCGUUACUUUACACGAUGAUCUGUAGGUCUUUGGUGAAGGUAUGGGAUAAUUUUGAGCAAAACUUGGCUCUACUAGAAAAGUCUAAAAUUCACUAA